AUGGCCGAUGCCGGUGCUGGCACAGCUUGUGUACUCCCAGGUGGGCUCCGAGGACAGGCUUACCUGACGCAGGAAGACACGACCGGCCUGAACAAGAAUGCUUGUCUCGAUGACCCCGCCUGCUACGGCGUUGCCUUUCAAACCAAAUGUGAGACAGAGGAUUUCGGGUCUUUGUUGCAAGCCAAUUCGAGUCGUACGAGCUGCAGCCAUGGAGGGAGUGAGAUGGGGAAGAUUCUGAAGCGGUAUGAGCUGAGAUAUUCACAUCCCGGAGAUGGGGUUACGCUCGGCGGUGAUGGGAUUGCGCCAGAAACAGAUUUUCACGCCGGUGCUUGGGAGGGGAGGCAGGACCAUGUCUGGAAAGACUAUUUCCGGUGUUACGUCAAAGUAAUGGGGAAAUCUACGACUUCUACGAAUCCUACUACCUCUGCGACGACGACUUCGACAGUCACGCUCACUGCUUUUGCAGUUGACCUGCUGUGGGAGGGCCAUACUUGCUCGCCAGCCACGUCUUGGUUGGGAGUCACAAACACUGCCGAGGAAUGCGCGAGGCUCUGUAUGGAUGCGCCCAAGCAACACCCCAUGUUCAGAAUUGUGUGGGUGAAGAACGGUGACAAAAACUGCAAGUGCGCAGCUGAUGAUUGCACGCCAUUAGCAUGGCAGUGGGGAGCAGUUUACAGUUUCGCGUCAGCCACCACCACAACCACGACAACGACGACUUCCACGACUUCUGCCGGUGAUUGGAUCCUUGUCCAAGCUGAAGCUGCUUGUCGUGGUAAGGAUCCAGCAGAUGACUCUACAGCAUAUUAUGUAGCCAUCAGCGCCGCAAGUCUUGAGGAGUGCCAAGGACAAUGCAGCAUGAACCCACGGCGAUGCCGUGGUGUGGAGUUUGCAUUGAGCACUGGACGGUGUGAGCUAUGGACGCGGCCGGCGGGCAUCGAGUCUGUCACCAGUGUCCCUGGCUAUGAGUGUUACCGCAAUAUGCAGACCCCUGUCUUCUCUCAAAGCAUCUCAUCAUUCCAGGGCGGCCAUCGUACUGCCUGCAGAGGCGACAACACAUCUGACAUCACGGAGGCCUACUUCCACAACAUCUCUGCGCGCUCUGUUGAGAAUUGUCAGUCACGGUGCGAGCAUGAUACUGGGUGCAAAGGAAUCAACUAUGAUUCUGACGCAGACGAGUGUCUGAUGUGGACUCGCAUGAUUGGGGCAACUGUUCCAGCUAGUUCGAGUACCUGCUUGGCAUUCAUUUAG